UGAAUAAAUAAAGUAAUUUUUUUUCUUUCAUUCUUUGUUUCAGACUUAUCUGAUGAUGACAACAGAAUUGGUGAGAAAUGAGAAUAUACUUCUACAAACGCUUGGUUUUGAUUUAACUGUUGAUCAUCCUCACACUCAUGUUGUCAAAACCUGUCAAAUGGUGCGAGCCAGUAAGGAUCUUGCUCAGACAUCAUACUUCCUUGCAACAAACAGUUUGCAUUUAACCACAAUGUGCUUGAUGUACAAACCAACAGUAGUUGCUUGUGUCUGUAUACAUCUUGCUAGUAGGUGGGGUAGCUGGGAGUUGCAGUCGUCUGCUGAAGGGAAACCUUGGUAUUCGUACGUUGAAAAGUCUGUCACUCCAGAUCUUCUUGAGGAGCUUACCAUCGAUUUCCUAGAAGUUCUUGAUGGAUGUCCAACUCGAUUAAAGAAAAAAAUCAUGACUUGGAGAUCUGGUCGAGAUAAAGAUGAAGAUAAAGACAAAGAUGGACCACCUGAAAAGAAAAGUCGUCUUGAUAUACGAGGAACGUCUAAUUCUACAGCCACUGGCAGCAGCCCCGGUCCAUCUGCCGAAAGCGAUUUCACAAAGGAACGCUUGAACAUUGCCUCUUCGCCUUCAGACCGGAAGGUCCGCUUUAAGGUGGAAACUCCUGUGAAAGUACUAUCACAACCUGAAAAAUCUAGUUUUCCAUUGGACUCUACUGCUGUUGGUGUUCCUGGAGUUUCAGCAACACAUGCAGCAGCUUCUGCUGCUGCUGCUGCUUCAGUUAGUAGUAGCAGUAGUAGUAGUAAUCCAAAACUUGAUCAAAGAAAAAAGAUGCACAAAAGUUCUGUGCCACGUGCAGAUUCUAAGUCCUUAUCUGAUAGACAUUCACACAUUGUGCGUCCCCAUCAGAAUGCACCUCUGAAACUAACUAUAAAAACUCCCAUUCCUCCGUGUGAUGGUGAGGCUAAAUUACCCGGGUCUAGCCAAGUGUCUGGCAAAUGGAGCAAUCAAAACCGAUUAAAACUUGAUAACCAUACGGGUUCAGCAAAUGUUAGCAUGAAACAACUACACAAUAGUAAGGUGGACUAUCCCCCCUUAGACCGUAUGAAAGAUGUGAACCAUAUGGUUAACAUGAAGGGUCAUAUAGACUCCUAUUCACAGAAAUCAGUGACAGGCAGAAUCGAUCCCAUGCUACAGAGCUCAGCUACUUCUAGUAAGUCACAUUUUAAUCCAAAUAAUGCUUACCCCGUUGUAAACCCUUCUUGCACUUCGAAUGAUGUACAGUUUGAUUCGACAUAUAGGAACUCUGCUCGAAGACAGAAAGUGUGUGAUACAUCUCUGACACCUUACAAAAGUGGAUCCAAACAGCAACAAUUGUCUGCAUCGCAAUCAUUACGCUAUAACUCUUAUUGUCAAGGUUCAGAUUUAAGACUGGACAAUGAAAAACUAAUUGGACACAGCCUAGAGUCUAAUGGAAGCGGGCCAUCUAAUUUGCACUCUUCUCAGGCAUUAACAAACCCUCUCCCCUCUUCUGUUACAACUGCCUCCGCUUCAAAUGCCACAGGUGGACGAGAACAAUUUGGUGAACUACAAAUGCAGAUACAGCAGUUAAUAGAUAUACAGAAAAAAAAUAUUCGAGAACAUAGGCAGAAAUAUACCAUGGAUCUGCACAAAUGAUGAUGAUAAGUUCAUAAUUGUUCCAGCUAAACUUUGCCCUAAUAAAUUUUAAAUCUAGGUCUUUCUCUUUACACAGCCUGUUUCUUCAAUCACCAUCAAUAAAUAUUCUUAAGGGAA